CACACAUCAUUUAUUGGUAACUGGCCUACCCCAUUCUCUAUCUACUUUAUCUCACUAAAAAUACUGACUUAAUCAUUGGAAAGUAUCCCAGGCCCCCGCCUUCGGAUCCCUUAUGCAGGAAAGGAGUUCGCUUGCACACGAGGAAAGGCGUGAUCUCAGCCUAAUCGGUCCCAACCCCACCUGGAACUUUCUAGGCCUAAACAAUUUGGCACUCACCAUGGGGCCGAGUUUGAAGAGAUUACAUAUUUCCUUCGGAUGGAAGGAGACUCAACCAAUCCCAUGAAUGAGGUCGUGGAUCCACGGACGCUUUGUGGGGGUGUCCCCUGAAGUCGAAGAGACAUUGGACCUCGAAGACAGAGUAAAAGACCACGACCAGCAAAUUGCAGAGAUGCAAGGCAAAUCAACCAAAUUCUCUCCUUGAUAAAGGAAGGAAUGAAGGAGAAAAGUGAUUUCCUAGAGGCGUCUCAACGCGCGAAAGACAAAGGGAAGAAGAAGGUGGUCACGAUCGAUGAACUAGAAGAAGAAACUGAAGACGAGGGGCGAGAGGUAGAUUUAAGCUUCUUGGAGGAGCAUCUACAUUCGAGUUUUGGAAAGGGAAGCGGAAGAGGAAAAGGACUCAGCAUCCUGCACAACCCGUUAGCAAAAAAGCUGUUCAAGAACCCUGUACCACCCAACUUCUCCUCGCUGGGCCUCCCAACUUACAAUGGAAGUACGGAUCCAGGAGAUCACUUGAGUGCAUUCACCUUGAAGAUGCAAUUGAUCAACGCCACAUAUGCAGAUUGUGCAAGGCGUUUCCCAUAACCUUCGGGGGACGGUGCCGAGCUUGGUACACCUCGCUGCCUGAAGGAAUCAUUGAUAACUUUGAACAAUUUGCAACGUUGUUCUAGUCGAAGUUUGCCUCCCAGAUCCGCCGAAAGUUGACAGUCACCGCACUCAUUAAUUGCACCCAGGGAGAGGAGGGAAUGAUAACGGAUUACUACAACAGAUGAAAUACCAUCGAGUGUGAGGUUCAGGGUGUAACACCCAAUGUGGCGGCAGGUAAUCUUAUGAUGUCCACACGAAGCAAGGAAUUACAGAGGACCGCCACGACUUUCAUAUGAGCCUAGCCAAUCUCGCGCCAGGUGACCAGCGUAAUUGGCUGGAAGCCAAGAAACAAAUAAAGGAGAGAUCACCGUCUCCGAGAAGAAGGUGUAGCCGAUCACCGAGAGGGAAUCGGUCUAGGUCGCCAAGGAGGGAUAGAUCACGCUCCCGCUCCAAAACCAAGAGGAGGGAGAGACUACCUUCCCCACCGAACACCAUUCCGCCGCUCAGGCAGCAGCGACUUGAUGACGAUGACCUAGAGGUGAUAACGAUCCUAGAGGUGACGCCAAAUGCUUAGCAAUCGCUUCCUCAGCCGAGGUGAUCUUUAACUCAUCCGAGCUGGCAAAUCCGGAGGUGUCUGAAGACCCGCUUGUCAUAUCUUUUCGCACAGAAAAGUUCAAGGUCACCAAUACACUGAUUAACAACGGAAGUUCUGCCGAUAUUCUAUUAUUUUCAACGUUGAAAAGCAUGAAGAAAGGCCUCGAAGACCUUAAGCCAUCGACUACUCAACUAGUGGGCUUCUCAGGGUCCAAGAUCAAGGUGCUACGUGUAAUCACAUUGCGCGUAACGAUCGGAGAGGUGAACGUCACCAAAACAAAGAACAUGGAGUUUCACGUAGCAGACUUCCCAUCUGCGUACAAUGCGAUAUUGGGUCGAGGUUUCUUGUCCACAUUCGAGGUGGUACCAUCUACAUGUCAUCAGAGGUUGAAGUUUCUCGUGGGAAAUGGAGUGGGAUGCGUGGAAGGGAAUUCCCAGCAGGCUAAAGAAUGCUACCAAGCAAUGAUCAAACAACUGGACGUAGACUUGGUGGACACACGAGGAGACUCCCCAAGGUCGGAAGCCCUUGAAGGCGAUAUCGAAGUUGCUUUGCAUGAGUAAGAGCCAGAGAAAAAGGUGAAGGUGUCGGCACACCUUCCCCUUAAGCAAGCUACAGAAAUGCUGAAUCUCCUGCGCGAGUUUGCAGACCUAUUCGCAUGGGGGUCUGAGGACAUGCCAGGCAUGCCGCGAGAGCUGGCCGAGCAUCGCCUCUCGGUCAAGCCAAACACGCGCCCCAUUCAACAGAAGCGUAGGAACAUCUCCAUCGAGAAGCAAAUGGCUUUGGAAGAGGAAAUUCAAAAAUUGUUGAAGACAAGAUUUAUCAAGGAAGUGCGGUAUCCCACGUGGUUAGCUAAUCCAUUCUUCGUAAAGAAAAGCUCAGGCCUGUGGUGAAUGUGCGUUGACUUUACAAGCCUCAACAGCGCGUGUCCCAAGGACCCUUACCCGCUCCCCCGAAUUGAUCAGCUUAUCGACGCCACCGCUAAUCACGUCAUGCUCAAUUUUCUGGACAUGUUCUUAGGAUAUCACUAGAUCAGCCUCUCCGAAGAAGACCAAGAGAAGACAGACUUCAUGAUGCCUACGGGAAAUUACUGCUGGAUGGUGAUGCCCUUCAGCCUAAAGAACGCUGGCGCAACUUAUCAGCGAAUGGUGGAUACAGUGUUGCGCAACCAGAUAUGUAGGAAUGUGGAGGCGUACGUCUACGAUGUCCUCGUGAAGAGUAAAGAAACGGGAAUGCACUUGGAAGAUCUAAGGGAGACGUUCACUAGCAUGAGAAAACAUGGGUUACGGCUGAACCCAUCAAAGUGCGUAUUUGGAGUCGAAGGGGGGAAGUUCUUGGGUUUUCUAGUCACGAAGUGAGGAAUCGAGGCCAACCCAAAGCAAAUUGACACCAUCCUAAAGCUGAAGCCUACAAAAACGAUAAAGGAAAUCCAAGUAUUCAAUGAGAAGAUGGCAGCUUUGAGUCGUUUCAUUCCUCGCUCCGCAGAUAAGUGCACGCCUUUCUUUCAAGUUCUGAAGAAGUCAACUUCUCGUUUCAAAUUGAAUGAAGAAUGCAGCAAAGCCUUCUUACAUCUUAAGGAACAACUAUCAUCUCCUCUCGUGCUCGGCGCACCAGUGUGUGUGUGUGGGGGGGGGGGGGGGGGAGCGUUUGUUCUUGUAUUUGGUUGUUUCCCAACAGGCAGUGAUUUUAGUGCUAGUAAGAAGAUCGACAGAGGAUGGUAAGGACCAACCGGUGUACUACGUCAGCAAGGCGUUGCUCCCGGCAGAGACGAGAUACUUGGUGGUCGAGAAGGCAGUACUUGCGGUAGCCAUGACCGCUCAGAAGCUCCGCCCAUACUUUCAAGGACAACCUAUCACCGUCUUAUCCAACUUGCCACUGAAAAAGAUAUAGUAAGGGAUGGACGCAUAUGGGAGGAUGACCAAGUGGGCAGUCGAGCUUAGCGAGCACAACAUUUCUUACGCCCCCUGUCCCGCUAUAAAAGGUCAAGUGCUGGCAGACUUUAUUGUCGAAGGUUUCAUGCUGGACUGGGAGUUCUAUGACGCCCAGAAAAUGUGGAAGCUGUCAGUAGAUGGUGCAGCCCGAAAAGGCGGAGCGGGAGCAGGCAUAGUGAUAAAACCCCCAAGGAAAUGGUCCAUGAAGUUGUUGUGCGUUUUGACACUCUUAAAACCAAUAACACUACAUAGUACGAGGCGUUGCUCAAUGGACUGCAGCUCGUUGCAAGUAUGUGAGCAAGAAAGGUGAAGAUAUACUUAGACUCUUCGCUUGUGGUGGGGCAGGUAAACGGAAACUUCGAAAUGAAAGAAGAGGAACUCGUGAAGCUGGUCGGUAAAGCUCAAGCAACUCUGGCGCAAAUGGAGGAGUGGUCACUAGAGCAUGUCAGGCAUGAAAGAAAUGGGCACGCUGACAAGUCACGGUUAGCAAAGAAGUAGACAAGCUGGAUAGCGUGAUUGAUCUGUUGGGACCUUUCCCAAACGCGCCGCUGGGGAAGAAAUAUUUGGUGGUAGCUGUCGACUAUUUCACCAAGUGGAUAGAAGCGGAGCCUCUUGAAGCCAUAACCAGCGCGCGAGUGCAAAAGUUCCUUUUCCACAACAUCAUGAUACGCUUCGGGAUCCCGGAAACUAUCAUAAUCGACCACGGGACUCAGUUCAACUAUCACCCGUUUUAGAAGUUUUGCGCAGAGCACAACAUCAAGUGCAGCAUGGCAUCUGUGGCGUUCCCACAAGCGAAUGGUCAAGUGGAGUCAUCUAACAAGCUCAUACUAAGAGGACUAAAAAGGAGGCUAGGCGAGGCAAAUGGGGCUUGGACCACAGAGCUCCCUCACAUCUUGUGGGCACAUCGCACAACAUAUAAGACAACAACUGGUGAGACACCUUUUGCUCUAACCUACGGGUGCAAAGCGAUGGUUCCGACGGAAGUACAACUUCCUACGCUCCGAGUUCGGGCAUAUCAGCCAGAAGAGAACCACGAUAACCUCCUUCACCAACUUGAUAUGACAGAGAAAAGAAGAGAAGCAUCUCUCAUGCACACCAUUGAAGAAAAGGCAAAGGUAACAAGGGCGUACAACGACAAAAUGCGACCACGUCCUUUAAGGGAAGGGGAUCUGGUGAUAAAGAGGAUGUUCGAAAAGAAAGAGAAAGAAAGGCAUGGCAAGCUCGCCGCGAGCUAGGAGGGACCCUGCCUCGUCAAUGACAAGAUAGGACCGAGCACUUAUAAGCUGGCAAAGAUGGGCGGAGAGCCGGGGAGCAAAACAUGGAACUCACUGCACUUGCGCAAGUACCACUUAGCUGACUGAAUUAUAACUGAAUUUUGAGGCAUUCAAUACACGAAUGAAGUCGUGUUUCGACAACUCGUCUUACAUGCACAACCUUCAGGGGCAGGAGCUUGCUCAUAACACGCCGCCCCGAGGCAGAGCAAGACUCCGACUUUCAAAUGCAUCCCGGGACAUGCGUUGCUCCAAACGUCACCCCGAGGCUAGAUAACCCGCCCGCGGAAUGCCCUUCAGGGGCAGGAGCUCGCUCAUAACACGCCAACACGAGGCAGAGAGAGACUCCGACUUUCAAACGCAUCCCGGGACAUGGGUUGCUCCAAACGCCACCCCGAGGCUGGAUAACCCGUUUGCAAAAUGACCUUCAGGGGCAGGAGCUCGCUCAUAACACGACACCAUGAGGCAAAGUGAGACUCCGACUUUCAAACGCAUCCUGGGACAUGGGUUGCUCCAAACGCCUCCCCGGGGCUAGCCAACCAGCCCGCAAAAUGCCCUUCGUGGGCAGGAGCUCGCUCAUAACACACCAACACGAGGCAGAGCAAGACUCCGACUUUCAAACGCAUCCCGGGAUAUGUUUUGCUCCAAACGCCACCCCGAGGCUGGAUAACCCGUCUGCGAAAUGACCUUCAGGGGUAGGAGCUCGCUCAUAACACGACACCACGAGGCAGAGCGAGACUCCGACUUUCAAACGCAUCCUAGGACAUGGGUUGCUCCAAACGCCUCCCUCGAGCUAGACAACCAGCCCUCAAAAUGCCCUUUAGGGGCAGGAGCUCGCUCAUAACACACCAACACGAGGCAGAUCGAGAUUCCGACUUUCAAACACAUCCCGGGACAUGGGUUGCUCCAAACGCCACCCGGAGGCUGGACAACCUGCCCGCGGAAUGUCUUUAGGGGCAGAAGCUUGCUCAUAACAUGCCACCCCGAGGCAGAGCGAGACUCCGACUUUCAAAGGCAUCCCGGGACAUGGGUUGCUCCAAACGAACCCCGAGGAUGGACAACCCACCCGCAGAAUGCCCUUCAGGGCCAGGAGCUCGCUCAUAACACGCCACCUUGAGGCAGAGCGAGACUCCGACUUUCAAACGCAUCAUGGGACAUGGGUUUCUCCAAACGCUACCCUGAGGCUUGAAAACCCGCCCGCGGAAUGCCCUUCAGAGGCAGGAGCUCGCUCAUAACACGCCACCCCGAGGCAGAGAGAGACUCCGACUUUCAAACGCAUUAUGGUACAUGGGUUGCUCCAAACGCCACCCUGAGGCUGGACAACCCGCCCGCAGAAUGCCCUUUAGGGACAGGAGCUUGCUCAUAACACGCCACCCCGAGGCAGAUCGAGACUCCGACUUUCAUACGCAUUCCGGGACAUCGGUCACUCCAAAUGCCGCCCCCGAGGCUGGACAACCCGCCCUCAGAAUGCACUCAGGGGAAGGAGCUCGCUCAUAACACGCCAACACGAGGUAGAGCGAGACUCAGACUUUCAAACGCAUCCCGGGACAUGGGUUGCUCCAAACGCCGCCCCGAGGCUAGACAACCCGCCUGUGGAUCCCUUCUGCUGGAAAGGAUUUCUCUUGCACCCGAGGAAAGGCGUGAUCUCAGCCAAAUCGGUCCCAAUCCCGCCUGGAGAUUUCUAGGCCUAAACAGCAAUCAUUAAAGCCGAAAGGAAAGAAGUUCGGGUGUACUACAUGUGGGGUUGUUGGUCACACUAAAAAGUUCCAUGAUGAAGAAAGGAAGAAACAGGUGGGGGAAAGGAAAAAGGCUAAGGAAGAAGCUAAAAGAGUUAAACAGCUAGAAAGAGCAUAAAGAAAUCGGUUGGCAGCCCUACAAAGGCAGCAACAGAGGGUUGCAAAAGCGGCUGUUUCAUUGCGAUUGAGAAAGCCCAACACUUUCCAGCUUAUGCCAGAUGUAUUGAUCCAUUCAAUUGUAAAAUUUUGAUAUCUAAUGACUCAAUACAAGCUUCUAAUGUUGUUUUAACUUUGCAAGGAACUACUAGGAGGCAACGAAUUCAGGCAUCACAACAGCUCAACCAAGGAUGUGGAAGAUCACAAAAUGCAAGCCAAGUGACUCAAGAGAAUAUGUGAAGAUCAGUUGUAGUUUAAGUCCAAAUGAUAAUUACUAUUUUGAAGCCUCCAAUCCAAUGGCUAGUCAAUGUAGACUUGAUAUCUUGACAAGCUAGUAGAAGUUGCCUUUUGCUUUGUCGUAUUAGCUAGCCUAUUAGGUCAUGGUGCAUUGCUCUUUUGGAGAAACACUGUCCUUGAGGCUGUAAUUAUCAUUUGGACCUUGUAAGACUAUAAGUUUUAUGAAUGACUAUCAGGUUAAUCAAUCUUUCAGUAUCAUUGUAAGGUUUUUUUUUUGUACAAAUACUUGCCUUGUUGUUCCAACAGAGCUGCAUUCUGAGAGUGACCAAAUGUGAUACAACAUUGAAUUUGAAGUGACCAAACAUGAAACAAAUAUGCAAUUCAAGUGACCAAACAUGAUACCAAAUUGCAAUUAGAGUGACCAAACAUGAAACAACUUAGCAAUUCAAGUGACCAUAGCUAAAAUGGAUAAUACCAGGGUUACACAUUGUCAACAACUAAAUAGAACCUUCGAUUACAGCAGCUACCUUCAAAAGAUUACAACAGCUACAACUACACAGAAGACUAAUCACUUUCCUAUCCAAAAAAAAAAAUACAAUAGCUCCUAAAAUGAUGACCGACACCAUUUUUCGCUCAAACUUGGACCCUUUCUUGUUUUGCCUCUUCUCUAACUCCCAAAUUCAAAGAUGAAAGUUCAGCACCACAUUUCUCAUAUGCUCAUCAACGGCUGGGUCAAGCCAUUUGAAGUAGUUACAUGCUCCAUCUGUCUACACAUCGUCGCACAAAAAAAUAGAAGGAUGAAAAAGGCAAAAUAAUAGUCGAAUGGUAACAGUAAAAAGGAAACAAAGGUGGAUGAAAUCUUAACCCAUAUCUGCUGCACCCAUAAAACCUUCUCUCUGGAUUCACAUUAGUCCAGCUCUUCUUUAGAUCAGUUGGCUCUCCAUAGUGACAGAAGGGUGCCGCCAUUGGUAGAGGGGAAAUGAGAGGAGAAAAUACAAAAGGAGGAGGAAAGGAACAAAUGGAUGGGGAGGGGGUGAUUCUCGGCCAAAUUCAGAAGGAGGGAGAGAGCAUAUGGUUAUGAUUUAGGAAGAUGGAAGCCUUCAUUUAGAGGGGUAGACUUAUAAAAAAGAUCAAGAGGGUCGGGUCUUGGGUUGGCUCGCUGGUUGGGUAAGGAGGGCUGACAUGGCGGUUAAAUCUGACGUGGCAGGUCGAUUCAUCGAUUUUUAGGGUUAAAUUGAGAUGACAGGGAUUUUUAGUUUGACACGUCAUCACUUAACAGCCUUCGUUAACGGAGUAUGGCGGAGGUUGACGGAGAGUGACCAAACUUUGGUUGUUUAACUAAUUUAAGUGACUAUGGAUGGAACAAACUAAUUUCAGUGGCAAACGUGAACUUUUAUAGCAAUUCGAGUGACCAAACUUGCGAUUUAGCCCUAUUAAUUGUAUCAAUGGCACAAAAUGCGUCAGUUUUUUUCUACACAAUUGGUUGAUGGAGACUAGGUAUGGCAAUGGGUCGGGUUGGAUCGGAUUUUGCCAAACCCAAACCCAUGGGUUUAUCCGUAAAAAAAUCCGGGGUAAAAUCCAUUGGGUUUGGAAAACUCAAACCCAACCCAACCCGCUGGGUAUUCGUGGGUCCAUGGGUACCCAUGGGUUUUUGUGGUAAAAAAUUUACAUUAAAUAAAAACACACGAAAUAAGUGUAGUGAGAGUUAGAUUGGGGAAAUUAGAAUUAAGGUAGGGUUUGGGGAGAGUACAGCGACGAAAUAAGUGUGGGCGGGUAUUCAUGGGUCGGGUAUCCCUAAACCCAAACCCAAUAUGAUGAAUAGUGUAUGGGUUAACCCGAACCCGACCCGAAACCCGUCAACACGGAUUUACCCGCGUUGACCGGGUUGGGUCGGGUAUAGGGAUGGCAAUGGGUCGGGUCGGGGGCGGAUAGUGCAUAUCCGUUACCCUACCCAAUGUAGUUCGGGUUUUACCCAUACCCGUACCCAUACGAGAAACGGGUAGAAAAUCAAAACCUUGCCCAUACCCGUUCGGGUUUCGCGUAUCCACGAUUAUCCAUGAGUAAUAAUUUCUCCUUAUAAUUCUAACCAAUAUGUUAACAUUCACACGUAUACUUACAUGACGUAAGAGGAAAAGUACGACAAUAAUUCACUAGAAUGACGAAAAUUAAUUAAAACAACAUAAUUUCAUGAAAAUAUUAUAUUUAUAUGCUAAAUAUAAAAUAUUCUAGAGAAAAAUAAUGAUUAUUUCUAGACAAAAUACAUAUGCAUGUGUAUAAUCGGGCGGGUUCGGGUUGGAUAGUGAGAUAACCAUGCCCACCCAUUACCCGCAACAUUCGGGUUCGGGUUUUACCCGUACCCACGAAAAAUGCUUCGGAUUCGGGUUUUACCCUACCCGAUUAGGUCGGAUUCGGGUGGAUAUCCACGGUUACGGAUAUUUUUGCCAUCCCUAGUCGGGUAGGGUACCCGUGGGUUCGGAUUUUGUUGCCAUCCCUAAUGGAAACAUGGACUAAUAAAAAUUUUGACACGAAUACUACAUAUCCACAUCAACUGCACUCAUCCGCAAUGUCGGAGUCAUGAAUUUUAUAUAUGGGGUGUCUUCUUCCAUAAAAUACAAUAUAUUUAAAUAAUAAUUAGAAAUUAAAAAAAAAUUGAUUAGUAUAAGUUAUAACAAAAACUUGUUUUCAUAUUCUGAAAAAGUUGUAAAUACAAUCACUGUUUAUAGUGCUAAAAGAUCUCUUUCAGUAUAUCCUACUAGACAGUGAUUCCUGAACUAAUAGUCUAUUUGAAUAAUGGAUAGCUAUGUUAUAGUCAUACCUAUGUCUUGAACAGAAUAACAAGUGAGUUAAGGUCUAAUUGAGAAUAUAAUUAUUAAUAACAACAAUUUCAGGAGUUCAAAUCAUAUAAACAACCUCCUAUUUUUCUGUUUUUUCUAUACUCAAACUAUACUCAAACUACUACCGGGAGAUUGAUAAUCGUUUUUCUAUCGGCCAUGAAGGACAGAUGGAGACCCUUCCGACUUCCUGCAGUACUGGCCCGACCCAUAUUGGAUCAUGGGCUGGCCUGGUAGGAAGAAGCAUUUGAAGUGGACCUUGUAAAUGACCGGCACCUAUACAUUGUUUUGCUGUCAUAAAAGUAUAAUCGCUACAAAUUUGUCCCCUUCCCUCAACCACUGUAAAAUCAAGGCAUAAGAAAAUCACAGAAUGAAUCGCUGUGCAACGAGAGGUCGCGAACUGGAUGCCCUGAUAAUCGUUGUGCUGAAACACUGGGAAGGAUGCAACACAAUCGACAACACGAGAGAUCGUCGCGUUUGUGCAUACUUUAAACUAGCCCGGUACAACGACACCAAAGACAGGAAAAAGUAUCAAGUUGGUCAACUAGUAACUAGACACACGAGGGUGUAAUAGUGUACACCAUCAUAUACAAACGACUAAGUGUAUUGAUCACAAAACCAAUGCGAGAUCUGCUCUGUUGUGUAUAUUUUCACCCCACCAACCCAACCAUAGAAGUUGAAACCGAAAAUAUCAAGAGACGAGAAGAAAAAAACCCUACUUUGCUUCGUCUUCAAUUCAUUCGCUCCCUCCAAACCUUAACUCUCACUCUCAUCAUCAGAAGCUUCCCUCCAUCUUUUGCGACCUGAAAAAGGAGUUCAACAGACAAACCAACUACAUGGUCAGUGAAAUAUUAAAAAAAAACCUUACAACAACAAGCAGUAUGAUCUCAAACAUGUAUGCUUCAAUGAAAUGAAUCUAUAUGAUCAAUUUUAACCCUAGUCCCCUCACCGGAAUUGCAUUCCCUGCCACUAAAUGGCACUAUGCAUAUUCCUAGGUAAGUGUUUGCUGAAAAUGGUCAUCCCCUAUCCGAUCACACUCUUCACCCCGCCAAACAAAGAACAAGGAACAAG